CUAGUGGUCUUUUUAAGCAACAUUUAUCAGCUAAAGAUUUUCAAGAUAAAGUAAAAAAAUUAGAACCCGAAAACAACAAGUUAGCAAAGUCUUUAGAAAAAUCAAAUCACGAGCUUAGUGAAGAUAUAAUAGCAAAAAUGAUAAAAUUAGUAUGUGAAAAAAAUAAUUUGGAUCCAAAACAGUGUGGAUAUUGGUUUACCAAUAACAUGGCAUACAUGUCAGGGCAUAAAUCAGGUGCUGUUGUAGAAUUUAAUUUACAAAAUAAUGCAUCUUCGUAUAGGGUUCCGUGUGGUCUACAUGCACUACAGAUAGCUUUAGUAGCUUUUAAAAAUACUGCAUUCAGAAAGUUAAAUACAGUAUCAGGAUUAUCUUUGCAAGAACAUCCUCAUAACCUUCUUCAGCUUGUCUACUAUUUACAUGAUGGAUACGGUGAAAGUAAUAAAGAGUGUCCAUUAAAUAUGAAAUCAAAUAUAAUACAAAAAUUAUAUUGGACACUCCUAAAAUAUACUUUACCAAAAUAUCAAAGACCUAUCUCAAGCCGAUAG